CCCAUGGUGGCUCGGCAGCAGUGCCUCCGUGGCUCUGAGCUCACACGCGAGGAUGGGCUAAAGUAGCGGAAAGCUGUUGGAUCCUACCACAGAGUUACUGACUUCUCAGCUACAGACUGCAUAGCAAUCAGCGAGGGGGAGAGGCAGCCAGGGAAAGGGAGCGGAGUGCAAAGAGAGGAAGAGUGGAAGGGAGAGGGGGGAUUUGGGAACUAGAGCAAGGGGGCAGUGAGAGGCAUGGGGCGAAUAACACCAGGCAAAGAGAGAGCCAGGCAGGAGGGGGAGACCUGAAUCCAUCGCCAAGCCACAAAGUCACAUCAGUGCUCCGUGGGAUGGAUGCUCCAGGGAGCAAAAAAUUCUGAGGAGAGGCAGAGGCAGGAGGAGAACACUGGCGUGGGCAGGGCAGAGUUAGGAGAGGAGCAGGUCGCAGUGGAGCAGGUCGUCGCUCCUCAGGGGGAGGAAAAAAAAACAACAGCCAGAGGCGAGCGAGGGCUGCAGAAGAGACCUUCCUGAUUCCUCCGGUCCAGCUGAAAUAUUUCAUGGUGAGAUGGAGAAACCGGUCGCUUUCCACUUCCUCUGAUGUUGGCUCGGCUGGAGCAGGCUGCAGCCCUCGGCAGGACCCGGGAGCUGCUGCUGAUCGCCUGGCUUCCCCCUCCACAUGUGGGUCCCAGGAAGGAAAGCAAGCUCCCAAAAAGGUCCUCAGGCACGUGCCCAGGAGCAAUCACAAUGGCAGUGUGGGUGCCAGCUCACCAGAGGUGAAACCUGGAGCUGCCUGGUCUCAUGUGAGUGCUGUUGCAUGAGAUCCUGUGCCCUCCCAGCUCCUGUGGCCCCCUGACACCUGAUGAUAGAGCGAGCCAUGGGCAGCGUCAGAGUCAACCGGUACAGCAUCGUCUCGACUGAAGAGGAUGGCCACAAGGUCUCUGCGCUGGGCAGCAUGAACGGGCACAGCCGGAACGGGAAGGGCCAUGCCCCCCGGCGGAAGCACCGCAACCGCUUUGUGAAGAAGAACGGCCAGUGCAAUGUCUACUUUGCCAACCUGAGCAACAAGUCUCAGCGUUACAUGGCUGACAUCUUCACCACCUGUGUGGACACGCGCUGGCGGUACAUGCUCAUGAUCUUCUCUGCCGCCUUCCUGGUCUCCUGGCUCUUCUUUGGCUUCCUCUUCUGGUGCAUCGCUUUCUUCCACGGUGACCUCAACGCGCCAGUGGUAGGAGGUGGUCCCUCCCUCCUCAAACCCUGCAUCAUGCACGUGAACAGCUUCCUAGGGGCUUUUCUUUUCUCAGUGGAGACACAGACAACCAUUGGGUAUGGCUUUCGCUGUGUGACUGAGGAGUGCCCGCUGGCUAUCAUGGCAGUUGUGGUCCAGUCCAUCGUGGGCUGCGUUAUUGACUCCUUCAUGAUCGGCACUAUCAUGGCCAAGAUGGCAAGGCCCAAGAAGAGGGCCCAGACUCUCCUCUUCAGUCACCACGCAGUCAUCUCAGUGCGGGACGGCAAACUGUGCCUCAUGUGGCGGGUGGGCAACCUGAGGAGGAGCCACAUCGUGGAGGCCCACGUCCGAGCUCAGCUCAUCAAGCCCUACAUGACGGAGGAAGGAGAAUACCUCCCGCUGGACCAGAGGGACCUAAAUGUGGGCUAUGACGUGGGUCUCGAUCGCAUAUUUUUGGUCUCCCCCAUUAUUAUUGUUCAUGAGAUUGAUGAGGAGAGCCCACUGUAUGGGAUUGGCAAGGAGGAGCUGGAGACGGAGAACUUUGAGAUUGUUGUUAUCCUGGAGGGGAUGGUGGAAGCCACAGCCAUGACCACGCAGGCACGCAGCUCUUACCUUGCUAGUGAAAUCCUCUGGGGCCAUCGUUUUGAGCCAGUUGUGUUUGAGGAGAAGAACCACUACAAAGUAGAUUAUUCACGCUUUCACAAGACCUACGAAGUAGCUGGCACACCUUGCUGCUCUGCUCGGGAGCUGCAAGAGAGCAAGAUGACUAUCCUACCUUCUCCCCCACCUCCCAGUGCCUUCUGCUAUGAGAACGAGCUAGCUCUUGUCAGUCAAGAUGAAGAUGAAGAUGAUGAGGAUGAAGUGGGCGUAGUGUUAGGGGGCAGCACCAAGGAGGAGGGAGGUGUCAUCCAAAUGAUGGAUUAUGGAAGCCACCUGGACCUAGAGCGACUCCAGGCAACUCUGCCCCUGGAUACAAUCUCAUACCGCAGGGAGUCGGCCAUCUAACUCCUCCAACCUCUCCAUUUCACACCCGUUGCCCAUCAUCUCCUACUCUGUUCUGCACCCAUACGUAGCUGGAUAAGUCCCUUGACCACCAAAAAAUGCCUCCCAAGACUGCCUCUCAGCCUCUGAGUACAUCAAGGCCUGGAGCUGCUCUGACAUGCUCCCUUUCCCGUGAACUCAUACUGCCUGGAAGAGGAGUAAGGCUACACUACUCUUUCCGUGCAUGCAGUGUGUGCUAGGGCCCCUUCCCUGCCCAGAGCCAGGAGAGCAGCAUGCCUGUUUUCUUAUCUCUGGAGAGAUGACAGGAGCCCCUGCCCUCCAUGGACAGACUGAGACCCACAGCAAAUGUUUCUGCUGAUGAGGCAACAGCAGACUUUGUGUCCUCCCUCAACAAGAGCAGGCCCCAUGGCUGUCAAGAGUCACGACCGUCACUUGGAGAGGAGCAGUACCUAAGCACUGACCAAAUGAGGCUGGAUGGGAGAGUUUAGGACUCCUGGAGGCAGUGGAGAAGGAUAUCAAGGGAGGGGUUUACUUGCAUGUUUAUUGCUUGUUGCACAUGACUCUUUCUUUGCAUACAAACCAGAAUGAGAACUGAAAUCCAUAUUCUUCCACUGCAAAUGCCAAGCUAGGAGACAAGGACACUCCGAGUAGCCUAUUCUGCACUCUCCUUGGCUUUUGGCAUCUGUCACCUCCAGAAGCAGCUCAGCUCCAUGGACUAAGUCCUCCAUGGACUCAGACCAAACUCUCCCAGUCCUCUUGAGAAACACAUCCUGCUCCUCUCUUGAAAUGCCUAGCAGAGGAGGCAGGGCCCUGUGCUUGCACACUCAGACUGCUCCCUGGCAUGGUAUGGCUGGGAUGACAGACAAGUGACCUGACUGGACAGCAGACCCUUGAUUUUCUCCUUUCACCUCCUCCGUUCUUCUCCCUGCUGCCAUCAGCUGUAAAAUGAAAUUUGUAACUAUUUAUUUUUAAUAAAGUCUAUUAUCCCAGGGAGAGGUUUGGAAGCAAAGGAGAGAUCCCAAGGCUGCAGCCUGGUACAGAGACUGAUGAAAGUUAUUAGUGUGGUGUUUCCUGUUUGUACGCUGUUGGUGCCUGGAAGGUCCACCACAAGGGCUCCCUUGUUUUGGGCCCCUCUGGUAAUGACCUACAAUAAGAGGCUCAGAGAAUUUUCUUGAGGAGAAGAUCAUAAAAAAUGUAUGAAAGAAGCAUCUGAAUUAAAACUACCAGUAGGAUGGGUCAAGCAAUCCUGCUUGCUUUGAAGAUGAUGAGAGUUUUGCUGAGGGAAGGGUUCUAGAUAUGCUCGAUGAAGAGGCAGAGAUGUGUAAGACAUUGCUCUAGAGGUAAGGCUCAAAAAAUAUAGAAACCUCAAAGCCUCUCUUUUUUGUGUGUGAUAGAGGCAAGUAGGACCUAGGGGAAAUGAGAGAUAAUGCCAGCCAGCGUUAGACCUGUAGCAUCACUUUGCUGUUAUUUCAUAGAAGAUGUGAAAACCUGGUGAGCCUUUUUUCUUCAGGAGCAGCAGAAUCACUCUUUCAAAACUGUAGAUGAUAUGAGGACAGAAAGACAAGCAGGUAGCUCAGGAAGCUGCUCUGAGCACACAACAGUUGUGCCAUGGGGGGGGGAAUGGCUAAGAAAUUAUGUCCUAACCAACCCCUGACGUAUCAAAGCAGAAAAAUAGCAUCUUGAUAUCAAAUUGGAAUCGGUUCAAGAAGCAAGAGGAAGCGGGGAAGAAGCAGAAGGGGAAGGAAGGAAAUAGCAGGAGAGGAAGAAGCAGGCACAGCAGGCAGGCGGAGGAGGAAGGGAAAAAGAAGAAGAGAAAGUGAUGUAAUAAGGGAGUGCAGAUGAGAAAGACCAAGGAUAGAAUAAGGAGAUGUGUCUAGACCCAGAUGUGGCCAUUUCUCAACCUGGUGUGUAGGCUCUGUGGGAACAGCUGUCCUGUGCUGGUUGGUUCUGCAACCAAGCAGUGAUCUAACCAUGGGAAGCCUUGCCAAGAAGCGAAGAAUAGCAGGUGGGAGGAUGACAGAAGAGCAGACAGGUGACAAGUGAAGCAUAGAGCACCAGGAGAGGCAGGGAGAGAGGAAAGGGAUCACUCCUGGUGCUUCCCUUUCCUCCUGUUGGGCACAGAGUGGGGGCAGAAGCUUGUGGAUCACGGUGACUCCUGAUUUUUCCCCCUGUAUGAUUUGAUGCACAGUCUUAUUGUUCCACCUCUGUCCCACCUCUCCUCCCCAUUGCUCAUUAAUGAAGUUCCUCCCUUCUUUUAUUAUUUAUUUAUUUUCCCCAGAGGGAAUAAGCAGGGGCUGGUAUUGACCUGGCUUUUAAUAUAGCUUUCAGAGCUGUGUGCCUGCUACUGGCCAUGGCAGCGGAAACAAACUAAUGGACCGAAAGAGAAGGACUCAUGCGUGAGGACACGAGCAUCCAGGACACAGGCUGGGGCACCCCCUGGCCAAGGUACAGCAUCCUUCAGAGGGGGAUGGCAGCACUUGGUGGGGAUGAAGUGCUCAACAGAGUGUUAGCUCUUGGGAGGCUUGUCUCCAAGAAGUGAGUGUCCAGGGAAGCCAUGCAAGUAUGGGGCAGCUGAGGUGCACCAGGGCCAUGGGCAUGCACAGCUGGGGUGGCUGAAGCAGCAUUGCUACUCCUUGCUUCAGAUGGCAAAACUCUUGGGGAGAAAAUUGUGAGAAGAAUGCAAUAAUGCUAAGGGAAUAAGCAUCACAUAGCCAUGUUGGGAUCCCAAUCUACUCCAUAUGUUUGAAUCAUGUCAUGUUUGGCAUCAUGGUGGAGAAGACACCAAAGCAUUGAGGAAAACCCAACUAAACCUGUUCACAAUAAAACUGGGAGAA